UAGAGGGUGCGCCGGCCGUCCUGCUCCGUCCGCAUCCCCGAGAGGGCCGCGGGCACAGGGCGGGAGGUGCCGUUUGGGAAGGAGGAGCCUGGAGUCAGCCCCGCCCCCCGAAGGUUGAAAACCCCUCCAGGAAUGGAGCAGCUGCGGCGUCCACACGUGCAGCGCAGACGGGAAGCGGAGCCGGGCAGAGGCAGAUGCCCUGAGCGUCCCACGCGACCAGGCACUUUCCGAGGGAGGCGCAGAUGAGAGCGGCCGCUUCUCCGGCUCCGACAUGAAGGCCGGGGGGAGAAGCCCGCUCCGCGCCUCGGCCGGACUUCUGCUGUGCCUGGGCUGGCUGUGCCUGUCGCCCGGUGCCCCCUCGCCCUGCCUGGAAGAGUGCCGCUGCUACCUGAGCGCGCUGCUCUGCCAGGAGCCGCGCGACAUCCACUCCCUGGCGCAGCUGCGCAGCUUGGAGAACUUCACCGAAAUAGUUGUGGAAAACCAGGCCGGGCUGAUCAACCUGACUGGGGAAGACCUGAAAAACCCCCGGGAGCUGAAGAACCUGACAAUUGCAAAGACCAACUUGAAGUUCAUUGCUCCAGAUGCUUUCAAGGCCAGCCCCAACCUGACCCACGUGAACCUGGCCUUCAACCAGCUGGAAUUCCUCUCCUGGAAGAUCUUCUACCAUCUCCGCCUUCAGGAGCUGGUCCUUGUGGGGAACCCCCUCCGGUGUGUUUGUGGCCUCCUGUGGCUGCAGUCCUGGCAGCAGAAGAGGCAGCUGGACUGGGCGGGCAAUCAAUCCUUCCAGUGCCUGCAGGAGGACAAGAGUCUGGUGCCCGUCUUCAACCUCACCCUCUCCGGCUGUGAUUUCCCCCAGGUCAGGAUCGACUACGACCCCACCCCGAUGGGGGAAGGCGAGAGCGUCAACCUGACGUGUCACAUCUCCGGACAGCCGCAGCCGGUGGCGGACUGGGACUUGCCCAAGGUGUGGGGUGAAGCCCCCAUCAAAACCAAGAAGUCAGAUUCGGAGAUUGUGCUGCAGAUCACCAACGUCUCUGCCAGCUACAACCUGCAAAACAUCACCUGCCAAGCCGAGAACGAGGCGGGCAUGGGGGAAGCCGUGGCCAGGCUGAACGUGACCUUCCCCGCCGUGAUCCGGGCGCUGAGUAAGGCUAUCAUGUACUACCGCUGGUGCAUCCCCUUCUCGGUGGAUGGCAACCCCACGCCCAGCAUCCGCUGGCAGCUGGACCACCGGGACCUCCUGGAGACGGAGAUCGUUUACACCAAGUUCUUCCCGGAGGACGUCCCCACCACGACCAUCGUCCACGGCUGCCUGGUCCUCGACAAGCCCUCCCACUUCUCCAACGGAAACUACACCCUGCUGGUGGCCAACGCCCUGGGAUCGGACUCCCGCACCACCUUCCAGAGCUUCAUGGAGAACCCGGAAAACUUCCCCGAUGACAUACCUUUCCCCGGACCAGAGGACACGAACGUCACCGAGGAGGGCCCCGUGGAGACCCCGGAAGAGCACCCGGUUGGGAUCUCGGUGGCCGUGGGCCUGGCCGUGUGCGCCUGCCUCUUCCUGUCUAUCAUGCUGCUCUUCCUCAACAAGUGUGGACAGCGCUCCAAAUUCAGCCUCCAGCGGUCGGUGGUGCUGGACCAAGAGGAUGAGCUCGCCAUGUCCCUGCAGUUCAUGGACGUGAGCGGCAGCCCCCGCUCCUCCGUGGAGGCCAAGCUGGAGGGGCUGAAGAGCAGCUUCGUGGAGAACCCCCAGUACUUCUGCAACACCCCCGUCCGGCACCUGAAGCGCCGGGAGAUCGUGCUGAAGUGGGAGCUGGGCGAGGGGGCUUUCGGGAAGGUCUUCCUGGCCGAGUGCCACAACCUCAGCCCCACCCAGGAGAAGAUGCUGGUGGCCGUCAAGACCCUGAAAGAGGCCACCGAGAGCGCCCGGCUGGACUUCCAGCGGGAGGCGGAGCUGCUGACCGUCCUGCAGCACGAACACAUCGUCAAGUUCUACGGGGUCUGCACCGAUGGGGAGCCCCUCAUCAUGCUCUUCGAGUACAUGAAGCACGGGGACCUCAACCGCUUCCUCCGGUGAGUGGGACGCCCAGCAGCCGGUGAGGG